UCGUACUGUCAAAUCGAUAAAGCGAUUCGGGCUUUUUCGACGACUGAAUUUCGCUCUCUAUCGUCGAAAGUCGACGCGAAAAGACGUCCAUAAUUUUCCACUUUUGGAAAAUUCCCAGUUUAGAGCCAGUUUUCAUCUAGAAGUGUUUGGAAAAGAGCGAAAACUAUGAAGAUCUGGACGAGUGAGCACACAUUUAAUCAUCCAUGGGAAACAGUAGCAACAGCAGCCUGGAGAAAAUACCCCAACCCACACAACACAGCAGUAAUAGGCACAGAUGUAGUUGAACGGAAGGUAGAAAAUGGAGUUUUACAUACACAAAGGCUUGUUAGUUCUAUUUGGUACUUUCCUAAAUGGGCGACUGCAUUAAUUGGCUCAGCAAAGGUCUGCUAUGCAGCAGAACAGUCAGAAGUCAACCUUAGGGAACGACAGAUGACGUUAAAAACCAUAAACUUGACUUUUUACCGUCACAUAGCUGUAAAUGAAACAUUAAAAUAUGUUCCGCAUCCUUCAGACCCUAGUAAAACAUUGCUAAAGCAAGAAGCAGUGGUAACAGUUCAAGGUGUUCCACUAACCAACUAUAUGGAAAAUCUCCUUACCAAUACAAUCUCAAAUAAUGCAGGAAAAGGUAGACAAGCAAUGGAAUGGGUGAUAAAUAAGAUAAAUGAUGAAGUAAAAGACUUAACAAGAACAACAGACGAGUUUGUAACCAAUACUAAAAGAUCGAUAGACGGAUUAACAUCAAGUGCAAAAAAGUCCAUGGACGACAUUUCACAGAAGGCCAAGAAGAGCCUGGAUGACAUUCAACAUUUGAAGAUUAACGGAAACUUUGGGGAAUGUUAACGGAAAUGAAUUUUAGGCUUAUUUUCUUAAUUUCAGACGCGAAAGUAUUAUUACAAAUAAUUUUAACAAGUUGUGUGUAAUUUAUUUUUCCCAGGCGAUUGAGUGAGCCUAAGAGUUAGUAUGUUUUUGCAGAAAAAAACAAACUAAGAAAAUAGUAUUUAAAAUAUCAAUAUCGUAAAAUAAUGGGACUCUAGAAUAAAAGGCAUUUAAAACAUCAAGAAAGUCGAAAAAUUUUGCGCCCGAAAAAGCGGAAUUUGUAGGAGUCCAAAUGUGAUCGUAUUUAGUUCUAUUAACUGUAAAUAAUUAUUUAUUUUUGUAACAUUCCUUAAGGACGUGUAAAUGGUAAGCGUAAUAAACACGAGUUCAAGUCUUAGAAUAGCUAUAGCUCUGCUUAAUGAAGUACUGUCGUUUUCAAUGCAUAAUUUUGAAGUCACGCAAUAACUGUCGUAAGUCAAUAGAUAGGCAUUGGAAAAAAGUGUACCCAGUAAAAUAGUUUAAAAAAAAUAUGUUCGUAAAUAUUCAAUGAUUUUUGACCAUUUAAUAAAAUGUUGUUUUAAUGAAAA